AUGGGUGCCUUCCCAUGUAUAUCCACAGGAAUCUACGGCUUCCCCAACGAGCCUGCAGCUGAAAUCGCUCUGAGCACAGUGAAGAGCUGGAUAGAGGAGAACCCUGAUAAGAUCACACGGGUCAUCUUCUGUGUCUUCCUGGAGACCGACUUUGCCAUCUAUAAGAAGAAAAUGUCCGUCAUGUUUCAAGACAAUGACAUGGAGGUUACAGAGGAGCAGCUGAAGGGAGAUAACAAUCCACCGACUACAAAGCCUGAGGAGGAGAGCGAAGAGAGCAGCAGAGGUAAAGAGGAGGCAGGUGAUGAGGAAGAGGAUGACAAUGAUGCUGCAGGAAACGAAGACGUGGAGAUGGAGAGUCAAAACCUAGUUGAUAUGACAGGAAGCCCAGAUCCCAGUCAAGAGAAGGAAAGCGAUGAGACCGAAAACCAAGAGAAAGAAGAAGACGAUGCAGCGGCUGACAACGACAAAGCCGGAGAGAAAGAACCCGACAAUGCAAAAGAGAAAGGUGAAGAUGAAGACAAAGCAGAGGAGCCGCCUGCUGAGAAGACAGUAGAUGACAACACAGCGAAGAACACUGUGGAGAUGGAAGCAGUAGAGGAACUCACGCUGAUUGAAGGCUAG